AUGAAUAUUUACAACGUUGAAAAAUCGGAAAAAAGUCAUGAAUCGAGUGUGAAUAUUGUGCUCAGUACGAUUACAAAGCCGAAGGUGAUAUUAUUUUGGGGAAUGCCAGAAUUUCUACAAAAGUAUUUGCUAAUUUCAAGGACUUUAUCAACCGCUUGCGGUGGUUGUAUCGUUACUCUGGACAGAAACUAUUUAAAUGAUAGUGAUGUCCUUCUUUUUCACCCAGAAUACUUUACUAUCUACAAAACGAGUAUGCCACCUACAAGAUUGUCGAAUCACAUGUACGUGUUUAUGAGUGGCGAGAAUCCAUACUACACUAGAUAUGCAUUCGAAAAACGAAUGGACGUGAUCUUUAAUGAAUACGACAAGAUUUUUAAUAUGACGAUGUCAUAUAGAAGAGAUUCUGACAUAGUUAAUAAUUACGGGAUAUGGCAGAAAGAUAUGUUAAAAACAAUACAGCCAUUUUCUUUGAAAAAGAAAACGAAGUUAGCUAUUAUGCUAGCAAGCGAAUGCUGGAGAGCUGGGUCCCAAUUGAGAAUAAAAUUAUCGGAUGCACUUGUGGAAGAAGGAUUGAAUUUAACACGAUACGGGGAAUGCUUUGGAUCGCGAUACGAAGGGAACAUAACAGAACUACUUUAUCAAUAUAAAUUUUUCAUGUCGUUUGAGAAUAGUAUACACUGUAAAGACUAUAUAACUGAAAAAUUUUGGGUGAAUUCAUUAUGGAAUGGUGUCGUGCCCGUUGUUUGGGGACCACUAAAGGAAGAUAUCGUUCGUGUAGCCCCACCGAAUUCCUUUAUUUAUGUCGACGAUUUCGAGUCGUUGAAAGAUUUAGUACAAUACUUAAACUAUUUGGAUAAAAACGACGACGAAUAUUUAAAGUAUUUUGCAUGGCGUAAUCUGGAACCUCCUGAAAGACAACCUAACAUUUAUUGUGCGUGUGGGAAAAUGAACCUGGUUGAUGAAAAAUUUUGCGGAUUAUGUAGAACCGUAACCGAUGGUUCGAAAGGAAAACCGAACUUAAGUUUAAGUAAAUGGUGGUACGGUGGCGAGAAUCCAGACUGUCUUCAAAAUAAUUUUACACAGUUGGAAUUAGAUUUCAACAAACAAUACGGCAUCAAAUAGCAAAGAAACUGAGAAGAAUUGCAGUUUGAAAUUCUCCACUAUAUAAGAUUUGAUAUUCUAUAAAAAAC